AUGAGUAAAGAAAUUGCUGAAAAAGAUUCUGCUCAAAAAGUUUCUCUACUGACUUAUAGUUCCACUUCAGAAGAAGAUUAUGAUUUUAAUGAUCCUGCUAAUUAUACACAAAAUUAUGUAGAUGAUUUAAAUCCAAAAGGUUUAAGAAGACCAACAAAAAAAGAGGUUGAAACAUUGAGAAGAGUUUUAGGGAAGAUUAAAUUUCCUAGUUUGUUGAUUUGUGCCGCUGAAUUGGCUGAAAGAGCAUCAUAUUAUUCGGUUCUUGGUAUUUUGACAAAUUUUAUUCAACGUCCUAUGCCUGAUGGUUCAAGAUUUGGAAAUCCAACCUCAAACACUUCUAAUAAAUCUGCAGGAGCACUAGGUUUAGGUUUAAGAACAGCUACAGCCAUAACUUUGCUUACUCAAUUUUUAGCUUAUGUUUUGCCUUUAGUAGGAUCUAUUCUUGCUGAUGUUUAUAUUGGUAGAUUUAGAGCUAUUAAUUAUGGUGUUUGGGUUGGGGGGGUUUCUCAUAUCCUUUUUAUUAUUGCUGCAAUUCCUGGAGUUAUCACAAACGUCAAUGCUUCUUUAGCUAUAAUUGUUUUAUCUGUGUUAACGUUAGCUAUUGGUACUGGUUUAAUUAAACCAAAUUUAUUACCAUUAAUUAUGGAUCAAUAUCCAGAAGAAACUGACGUAGUGAAAGUUUUAAAAUCUGGUGAGAAAGUUAUUAUUGAUAGGGAGAAAACAUUACAACGUAUUAGUUUAAUAUUUUAUUUUAGUAUUAAUGUUGGUGCAUUUUUCCAAUUGGCUACAUCUUAUACUGCAAGAAGAGUAGGUUUCUGGUUGAGUUUUUUAUUACCUGGAAUAUUUUAUUUAUUAUUACCAUUAUUUUUAUGGAUGGUCAAACCAAAAUUAAAACUUCGAGCUCCAGAAGGUUCUGCAUUAACAAAUUUUAUGAAAAUAUUUCAUAUAUCAUUUAAAGGGAAUUGGAUUAAACGUUUAAGGAAUAAUACAUUUUGGGAGUUUGCAAAACCUAGUGUUAUGAAAGAAAGAGGAAUAGAGUAUUAUAAUGAAAAAAAACAGUCACCAAUCACAUGGACUGACCAAUGGGUUUUGGAUGUGAGACAAACGGUAAAUGCUUGUAAAAUAUUUGUUUACUUUAUUGUUUUUAACUUGGCUGCAUCUGGUAUAGGUUCCGUUACAGUGUCAUUAAGUGGUUCAUUAACUAAUAAUGGUGUUCCCAAUGAUUUAUUUAAUAAUUUUAAUCCAUUAACAAUUAUCAUUUUACUUCCAAUUUUAAAUAAUAUAAUAUAUCCAUUAAUGAGAAGAUAUCAUAUUGAAUUUAGACCAAUUUUUAGAAUUGCUUUAGGAUUGAUUCUAGGAUCAAUUGGUCAAAUGGUUGGUGCUAUAUUACAAGCUAAAGUUUAUCAAACAAGUCCUUGUGGUAAUAUGGCAACAACUUGUAGUGAAACUUCACCUAUUAGCAUUUGGUGGGCGUCAUUGGUUUUCAUAUUUGGUGCAGCAGGUGAAUGUUUUGCAAAUACUACAGCGUAUGAAUUAGCUUAUACGAGAUCUCCUGCUUAUUUGAAAGGUGUGGUUAUGGCUAUCUUUUUAUUUAUGAUGGCAAUUUCAGCGCUUGUUUCACAAGCGGCUUUACCAGCAUUGGUCGAUCCAUAUUUAGUAUACCCUUUUGCUGUUAUCAGUGGUUUAGCUUUUGUGGUUGCAAUAUUACUUAUUAUACAAUUUAGAAAUUUACAUAAAGAAAUGGAACUUGAAAGAAUUCAAAGGGAAUCUAUGGAUAAAGAAGAAAGUAGAAAAGAGGAACUUGAUAAUAAUUUAAAUGCAAUUAUUUCAAUCAAAUCAAAUGCUUUAUCGGUGGCUAAAUAA